AUGGGUGACUCUGUCGGGGCGUCGUCAUCGCCCAAGAUGCCGCUGCUGCAUAUCAACCUGCUGCCGGCGGAGAUCCUCCAUCACAUAUUCUCGGGCCUCGAGCCCCGCGACCUCGGACGUCUCCCCCGCACAUGUCGAUUUCUGCACACCUAUGUGAAAGGAAACCAGAAACUUUGCAAGGACGUGUAUCUGAAGGUCCUGGACACACCUGCACAGACUGAUUUGGACUGGGAGAGAGAACUACACGAUUUCGUGAGACUCGGCCUCGUUUGCGCCGGAGAUAAAGCGAGCGACAAGUCCCGCGAACUCCUCCCAUUCGUAUCCGACGUCGUCAACAGACUGCUGAAACAUGCGUCCCCGACGGGCGAGACGCAAAACGACACGGGGACCCACGCCGUAUCCCGCAACGCCGCCGCCCUGGCCGCCAUCUUCCGUGAGGAGCCCGCGCGGGUGGCCUUCCUGUGCCGCUCCUUCAUUUUUGACCGCGCGCGCGGCGAGGCACCGCGCCCGAUGAACCGCCGCCCGCGACCGUCGUCGUCGUCCUCCUCCUCUGCUGCCAUGACGGACUCCAACUCGGACACCGACGACGUCCACCAGCAGAGCGCCAAACUCCACUGCAUGUACGGGCGUCCGAUCCUCAACUUUGGCCGCACGCGGUCGUCGCGCGUGUACCCCUACGCCGCGUCAAAAGUGUACGACAUGCGACAGAACACGACGCGCACGAAAUGGGGCCCGUUCCGGGACGACGAUUCUGGGAGGGUGGACUGGGAAAAGGUCGAGGCCAUCAUGGUUGUGCUGGGGAGCAACAUCAAGUCGCAGCGGCUGACGGCCAAGGUGUUUUCCAACCUGUGGGAGCGGCCGUUUGCGGGUUCGUGGUCGGGGAGUUAUCUGCCGUCCCCAAGUCGGGGGAUCCGGGACCUGGAUCUUUUGGAUCCCUACAGUGUUGCUGGGACGUGGCUGAGGGUGGUGUGCUUCAUCGAUUACAACGACUUUUUCAGCUACAACUUUGCCAUUGGCGACCAGACGCCCGCCGAGGUUCCGCGGCCCGCGCUCGACGUUGGGGAGGCGACUCGUAUUAUUUUGAUGAAGGUGCACGUCACCGACAUUCAGCCCCCGGGCGAGGACGACGGAAAGGAACUGCCUGUGGUGCACUUUUACGGCAUCUCUCGCUCAGUCGACGACUCGUGGGACGAGAAUGCCAAUUCCAACCUCCGUGUCAAAGGCACGGUGCGAAUGACCAAGGAGGGCGAGGUGAGGUGGACGACCUUCUCCGUCUUCAACGGCCACGCGCGGUGGCGGAGCGAAGGAGUCCAGCUCGGCGGCGUCAGGUCGGCUCGAGGCGUCAUGGGACACUGGUUUGAUACAGACUACGACCCCCACGGACCUUGCGGGCCCAGCGCUUACUUCAAGGUGUCCGACCGGGCCCCGAAUCCCAAGGAGGGCGACGACAAGAAGAUUGACAUUCACGAUUUCCUGCCCAUCAUGGACUUUGACGCGGAGCUGGCCAGCAACGAUGAUGAUGACGAGGACUUUGUGGUGGGUGAGUGGGGGGAGGACGACGACGACGACGGGGAGAUUGACGACGAGGAGCUGGUGGAGGACCUGGCGGCGUUGGCGGCGCCGGAUAUCGAGAUUAUGGAUCUUGUACUUAACGGACAUCACCUUAUAGAUCAGUGA